CUCGGGAAACCUUUCAGUAUAUUCUCCCUGACUGGUCGGUGUACUACUUUAUCAUGGUGGAAGUUGCAGAUCCUGGUGUAGUUAAGUCAGGGGCUUACAAGUAUGAAGAUGGGACCCGAUAUGUAGGUGACUGGAACUCAAAGGGUCAGAAACAUGGCAUGGGCCAUUUGUUGCUGCCAGACGGGACGAGAUACGACGGCUGUCUGGCUAGUGGCAUGUGCUCCGGGCUGGGUGUCAUGGCAUUCCCUGAUGGUGCCAAAUACGAAGGCGAGUUUAUGCAGGGCUGGUUCCACGGCCACGGAGUAUUCUGGCGGGCGGAUGGAAUGAAAUUCGAAGGCGAGUUCCGAGGCGGUCGUGUUUGGGGCUUAGGUGUGUACGUUCAUGAAUGCUUGGUGACCUUCAGUGAUGGGAGCAAUGGAUUUCCUAGAAAUGAAGGUUUCUUCCAGGACUGUAAGAUGGUGCGGCGCAAACGUUGCCCUGAAGUGGUUCAGAGGGCCCAAAAAGUUGCUUACAUGGCGCGCGCGCAAUGUCAACAAGUGUAAAAGAUCUACUCUUGUCAGAAUUCGUUCCCUUAUGACGGUUGCCGGGCGCCAUAUUUAAUCGUGAAAUAACUAGAAAGGGCUAAUUUGGCUGUUUAAAUAUUUCGUUAGAGAUAAAUUAGAUAUGCUGCGUGGCGUAACAUCUGACAAGUGUGAACAUGCUGAAUGAGAACAAACACUUUAAACAAUUGCGCUUAUAUACUUAUUGUCAAUAUACUUUAUGGAAUUGCUAAUGACAAGUAUUUUUAAUUUUGUUUUAUACUUGCUAAUUUGGCAUCUUUAAACAAGUUAUUAAAAAUCAA